UCUACGUCGCAAACCCUUUUUAUAGCCGUCCCAUUUGCACCGGUUGAAGACUUCACAGAACUUCACCGCCUCUGCAUUUCUUUCUCUCUAUCCUGCUCUAUUUCUAUCUCUCUCUCUCUGUCUGCAAGUUUUUUCCUGCUUUUAUGGACAAAGGAUGGGGCCUCGCCCUUGACUCUGACUCCCUCGGCAGCUUCCUCCUCAACAAGAACAACAGAGCCCAAGACAGGAUGUUUCCGACCGGUAUUCAGUUUCCGGUGUCUCUUGACCGUAGGGACGAACAUGCCGCUCCAGCUCUGUCCGAUGAGAACAGGGUCGUCGUCGGCGAGGUUGACUUCUUUGCGGAUAAGAGUAGGUUAGCUGGUCAUGAUCACGAUGAUCGUGAUGUUGAUGAUUCACAAUCUGUUGUCAAGAAAGAGAAUUCUCACGGUGAAGCUGCUCCCCGCAGGCCUGAUUUGGAUGUUAACACUAAGUUGCACCUUCUUACUGCCAACAAUGGAAGUGAUCAAUCAACAGUGGAUGAUGGGAUUUCAUCGGACGCUGAAGAUAGGCGAGCCAAGGCUGAGCUGGCUCAGCUGCAAACGGAGCUGCAAAGUAUGAAUUCAGAAAACCAAAAAUUGAGAGACAUGCUUAGUCGAGUGAGCAACAAUUACAGUGUCCUACAGAUGCAUCUUGUCGGAUUGAUGAAACAACAACAGAAUCAUGGAGCCGAUAGCACAAACGAUCAUGAGGUUGUUGAUGGUAAAUCUGAAGAGAGAAAACCCGAAGAUGGAGGAGUAGUGGUGCCAAGACAGUUUAUGGAUCUAGGCUCUGGUACCAUAGCCGAGACAAAGGAGGUAUCUCAAUCUUCAUCGGAAGAUAGAACAAUUUCGGCAUCGCCUAGGAACAUGAAUAAUACUGGUAAAAAUGAGGUUGUAUCAUUUGAUAAGGGCCGCGAUGGCAAAAGGGAUGGUAGGGAUCAAGAGAGCCCGGAGUCCGAGACACGAGGUUGGGUUCCCAAUAAGGUUUCCAAAUUGAAUACCUCCAGUACUCCUGUUGACCAACCCACUGCUGAAGCCACCAUGCGGAAAGCCCGUGUCUCAGUUCGUGCCCGGUCAGAAGCUCCGAUGAUCAGCGAUGGCUGCCAAUGGAGAAAGUAUGGACAAAAGAUGGCAAAAGGAAACCCAUGUCCCCGGGCAUAUUACCGGUGCACUAUGGCGGUUGGCUGCCCGGUCCGCAAACAAGUUCAACGUUGUGCUGAAGACCGAUCGAUUUUGAUAACUACUUACGAAGGAAACCAUAAUCAUCCUCUUCCACCUGCUGCAAUAGCCAUGGCAUCAACCACAACAGCAGCUGCUACGAUGUUGCUGUCGGGAUCCAUGUCAAGCGCAGACGGCCUAAUGAACCCUAAUUUGCUAGCCAGAACUAUUCUCCCUGGCUCAUCAAGUAUGGCAACAAUCUCAGCUUCCGCACCGUUCCCGACCGUGACACUGGACCUGACGCACUCCCCUAAUCCGUUGCAGUUUCAAAGAAACCCUUCCCAAUUCCCGGUCCACUUCCAAGGCCAGCACCAGACCUUUGGGUCAGUGCCAACCCCACCACUGACUCAAGUUCUAGGUCAAGCACUCUACAACCAAUCGAAAUUCGCGGGCCUUCAGUUGUCCCAGGAAAUGGGAGCCUCCCAUAUAGCCCAACAAAUAGUUGCGGCUCAACCCCCGUUGCACCAAGCUCAGCCUCCUUCAUUGGCCGACACGGUGAGCGCUGCCACAGCCGCCAUUACUGCCGAUCCAAACUUCACCGCGGCUCUUGCAGCGGCCAUCUCAUCCAUCAUUAAUGGAGGAUCUCAUGCAAGCACAGCCACCGCCAACAACAACAACAACGACAGUGCUAACAUGACAACAAGCAACAGCAACAGCCACAAAAUGAGCAGCUUUCAUGGGCAUUAAAAUUAUUCUCGGAUAAUUUCCUUCGUUCUCAUUAACUGUUUUUCUUUUUAAUUGUCAAGUUUUUCUUUUUUGGGUGGAUGAGAAUGUGAUUACAUGUUCAUAUUUUUUGUCCUUGUUGGGGAUCAUCAGGAGGGUUAGAACACAAGUUCUUUAUUUCUAAUUGUUUCAUUCUGAAUAAUUUGAUUCAAAUUUCUCGGUAUAUAGUAUACACAGGUAAAAAAAAAAAAAUAGCUCGUUCUUACAUUAUUAAUUUUGACUUUUUAUGAUCUUA